GUCAAAACUUAUUUGUCAGGAAUAGGAAUUGAUUGUGUGUAAAAUGGACGGACAAUGGAGUGACUGGGGAACGUGGAAAAGUUGUGACAGGUGUCAGAGCGGAAAUUAUUUCCGUGAACGGGUGUGCAACAACCCGUUCCCUUUCGGCAGAGCAAGUUGUUCCGGAGAAGAAAUAGAAGUCGGAGCCUUUGCCGACUGUUCGGAAAUAAGACAGAACCUUGGCAGAGUGCCCUCUGGCGUCUAUCAUAUCACAACAUGGAAAACAAACCAAAAUGCGAGUGUGUUCUGUGAUAUGGACACCGAUCAGGGAGGUUGGACCGUGUUUCAACAUCGCAUGAAUGGAAAAGUGGAUUUCUACCGCAACUUCUCUUCGUACGAGAAUGGGUUUGGAUCUCUGCAGGGAGAAUUCUGGUUGGGCCUCAAACUGAUGAAUGAGAUGACAUCCCGGACAUCAAAUGAUUUAAGAAUUGACAUCACACGUGGCAGUGGUAGCACCGGUUAUGCCGUAUACGCUGACUUCAGUGUGGGAGCCGGGUCUAAUUAUACACUACAUGUAGGAUAUACACGGUCAAAAAGUGGAGGUAAGUAUACUCUUUUUUUAUGAAAAUAAUUCAUUUAUGAUUGAGGUUAGACAACGUUAAUUAAAGUGUUAUAAAAAGCGUUGAAAAUAACAUACGAUUGUUGCGAUGUGGCAUAAUAUCGAGCCUUACUGAGCCGAAAAUGUUGAGUAAAAUUUGUUUAUAGUUUUCGUUAUGAGUAGUAACAAA